CACAAGAGAACAACCCAGCACGCCUCUCCGAGUACUCAUCGUCCACCUCCUGACCUUCUAGCUAAUUCCGCUUGUUCCGAUGGCGCUGCUGGCGCGGAGGGCGCGGAGGGCAGUCGCCAAGGCGGCGCCGCUCGGCGGCGGCGGCGGCGGCGGCGUGGAGCUGGCGAUCCCGGCGCACUUCCGGUGCCCGAUCUCGCUGGACCUGAUGCGGGACCCCGUCACGGGGCCGACGGGGAUCACGUACGACCGGGAGAGCAUCGAGGCGUGGCUGGACACGGGCCGCGCCACCUGCCCCGUCACGCACGCGCCGCUCCGCCACGAGGACCUCGUCCCCAACCACGCCAUCCGGCGGGUCAUCCAGGACUGGUGCGUCGCCAACCGCUCCCGCGGAGUCGAGCGGAUCCCCACGCCCAAGAUCCCUGUCACGCCCGUCCAGGCAUCCGAGCUCCUCUUCGACCUCGCCGGGGCCGCGCGACGCCGCGACGCCGCCGCGCGGUGCGCCGAGGUGGUCGCCAAGAUAAAGGCCCUCGCGAGGGACAGCGAGCGGAACAGGCGCUGCUUCGCGUCCAUCGGCACGGGCCGCGCGCUCGCCGCCGCGUUCCAGACGCUCGCUGCCGCUGACGCCGCGCCGGCGGGGCGCGUCCCCGAGGACAUCCUGGCGGCAUUGGUCUGCAUGAUGCCGCUGGACGAGGAGGCCGCCGGGACAUUGGGCUCGCCGAGCUCGCUGGGGUCUCUGGUCGCCAUUGCGGAGAACGGGAGCUUGGCGGGAAGGAUGAACGCCGUGCUCGCGAUCAAGGAGAUCGUCUCGUGCGACGGAGCGUUCGUGGAUUUGAGCGAGAAGGUGGACGCAAUCGUAGACUCGCUGGUCAAGAUCAUCAAGGCUCCCAUCUGUCCGCUGGCUACCAAGGCCGCCAUGGUCGCCACCUACCACCUGGCGCGGUCCGACGAGCGCGUUGCGGCUCGCCUGGCCACCGCCGGGCUCGUCCCGGUGCUCAUCGAGGCCCUCGUCGAAGCCGACAAGAGCGUGUCCGAGAAGGCGCUGGGGCUUGUCGACGCGGUGCUCACGUCGGAGGAAGGCCGCGCGAGCGCGCGGGCGCACGCGCUCACCAUGCCCGUUCUGGUCAAGAAGAUGUUCCGCGUGUCCGACCUGGCCACCGAGCUAGCCGUGUCGGCGAUGUGGCGCCUUGGCAAGGCGCCCUGCGCUGGAGAAGAGGACGAGGCGGUGGUGCGGUGCCUGGUCGAUGCGCUGCGGGUUGGCGCCUUCCAGAAGCUGCUCCUGCUCUUGCAGGUCGGCUGCAGGGACGCAACCAAGGAGAAGGCCACCGAACUGCUCAAGAUGCUCAACAAGCACAAGGGCGUAGGCGAAUGCGUCGACGCUGGGGAUUUCCGAGGACUCAAUAGGCUGUCGGCUUAAAUCAAAGGGGGGACUAUGAUGUAAAAAAGGGUACUGUAAAAUAGAGAGAUGCAACCUGUAAGUAGAUAGGGAUAGUUGCAAUUUUGUUGGACAUGUUUCCAUGAUAUUUCGGCAGUUUAGGUUCAACUGAAAACAUAGAUCUUUUUUUUCCUUUUGUGAA